UAUCAAAAGUUUUCUGUAAUCGUCUUGUUGCUGCAUUCUGAACUUUGGCUUGAAAAAUAUCAGUGCUGCAUGGAAUGCCACAGUGAUGUGAGAAAACAAUACUGUAAUCCCUAGUUUAAUGCAUUGCCAUAGAUAUCGCCACCACUUUAAAUGCCUAGCUGCCUGCAUUGUAGGAAUGUGACAGGAGAGCCAUGUCAAACUGCAUGCCUUACUGCUAGAUUAUAUCUGAACUGCAUGCAAAGCCACAUUGCAUACACUGUUGCUAGGUAACACAGCAGAAUCCUAUGCAAUGCAGCUGUGUGCAGUGCUGGAGCUUUACACACGCAACAUUAGUUUGUGCAGGGGAGAGUGUCAUGCAAGGUGUGAUUCCAAGGUGUGAAGGGGAUGGUCUUAUGCUAAGGGCAGUGUCCAAUGAUUUAGGAGGUCUGGAUUCAGUUCACAGUUCCGUUGCCUACAGCCUUUCUGCAUGUGUUUGGGCAAGUCACUUAAUCUCUCUGUAGAUACCCCAUUAAAAUGGGAUUAAUAACAUUGCCCUGUCUCACUGGAGUUUUGUGAGGAUAAAUCCGUUAAUGUUUGAAAAGCUCUCAGAUAGGUGGGGGGCUUGGACACACAAUUAUAUGCAUUACUGGAGUGUGACAAAUCAGAGUCUCUGGCAAUGCCCAGCUGCAUGCACUGCUGGGGUCUGACAAGGAAUUGUAUUCACUGCUGGAGUGGGACACAACAAGGCUGCACACACCCCUAGGGUGACCAGAUGUCCCAGUUUUAUAGGGACAGUCCCGAUUUUGGGGUCUUUUUCUUAUAUAAGCUCCUAUUACCCCCCACCCCAUCCCGAUUUUUUCUUGCUGUCUGGUCACCCUACACACACCCUGCUGCAUGGAUCCCGCACACACACUGCAUGCACUGCUGGAAGGUAACACAUAUUUGCAUGCACCCCGCCCCCGCGACUGCAUGCAUUGCUGGAGGGUGACACAGAGCGGUGCGCACACCUCCGCUUCGCCCCCACCCCCGCAUACAUUGCUGGAGUUUGACACACCAGAGCUGCAUGCACCCCCCGUUGCAUGCACCGCUGUGUGCUACACGAGAGCCGCUUUCGCCCAUCCCAGUCAUCCCGUGUCUUCUGAAUGAGGUGGGAGCACCAAUAAGAGCGGGCCUCGCUCCGCUGGCCCCUGCCCACUUCCCCUUGCGUCAAGGGAACUUUUAAGCUCUCCAACUCCGGCCCUUGGCAGCGGCUGUGGAAAAAGCUCCCGGCUGCUGCUGCUCGGCGCGCGGUGCCUGGGUGCAGGGGGGGGGAGGCCGGGCGAGGGGAUGUGCCCUCCUCGCCAUUGCACAACCCUGCCCUGUUGACAGAUACCCUGCGAGUGAGUGUGCGGGGUGAGUCACGCCGGGAGGGCACAGCCCGGGCUGGCUGCGCUGCGCUCGCUGCACACACACGCCGAGCCGGAGGCGAGAGGCACCGACCUGCCCCGCUCGGCUCUGGGGGACGCGCCGCGGAGCCCUUCCCUGCAGCAGCAGCAGCAGCAGCAGCUCCCGCCGCCCGCCGCGGGGACCCGCCGUGGGAGCCUCCCCCACCUUCUAUGUGCCCCGGGCGCGCCCCAGCCCGCUGGGAAGCCGCUCGCCGCCGCGCUCCGCCCGCCCGGCUGGGAGCGCCCCCCGCCUCUCCGUCUCCAUGAGCCGCAAGACGCAGCCCCGCAGCCCGGGACUCCUGCUGCCGGCCGCCCGCUGCCGGAGCGCCCCCUCCAAGCGGCUGCUGCUGCAGGACGGCUCCAGCGAGGACGCCCCCGCGGCCAAGUGCCCGCGGCUCUCCGAGUGCCCCAGCAGCCCCCAGGAGUGUCUCAGCGCGCCGGGCUCGCCGUGCGCCCCCGCCUCGCCGGGCAGCGCCCAGAGCCCCAGCCUCAUCGCCGGCUACCUGCUGCUGCCCCUGGCCGGCAGGGAGCAUGUGUCCCGGGCGCUCAACAUCCACACGGGCCAGGAGCUGCGCUGCAAGGUGUUCCCUCUCAAACACUACCAGGACAAAAUUCGACUUUAUGUUCAGCUGCCAUCUCAUAAAAAUAUCACUGGGGUCGUGGAAGUGAUUCUGGGGGACACCAAGGCCUAUGUCUUCCUUGAGAAGGACUUUGGGGACAUGCACUCCUAUGUGAGGAGCUGUAAAAGGCUGCGAGAAGAGGAGGCUGCCAAGCUGUUCAAGCAGAUCGUCUCAGCUGUAGCUCACUGCCACCAAUCGGCCAUUGUGCUGGGUGACCUCAAGCUCAGGAAAUUUGUCUUUUCUACCGAAGAAAGGACUCAGCUGAGACUAGAAAACCUAGAAGACACUCACAUCAUCAAGGGGGAAGAUGAUGCUCUGUCAGAUAAACAUGGCUGCCCAGCCUAUGUCAGCCCUGAGAUCUUAAACACAACAGGGACCUACUCUGGAAAAUCAGCUGACGUUUGGAGUUUAGGAGUAAUGCUGUAUACCCUCCUAGUAGGACGCUAUCCCUUCCAUGACUCAGACCCUAGUACUCUGUUUUCUAAAAUCCGCCGUGGACAGUUCUGUAUUCCUGAUCACGUUUCUCCCAAAGCCAGAUGCCUCAUUCGUAGCCUGCUGAGACGGGAACCCUCGGAAAGACUCACUGCUCCAGAGAUCUUGCUUCAUCCUUGGUUUGAAGCAGUUUUGGAACCUGGAUAUGUAGACCAAGAUAUAGGAACUUCUGAUCAAAUUGUUCCAGAGCAUCAUGGAGAGAGUGAUGAUAUAAGUUCCUUCUUCUGUUAGUCCUGAAAUCUCCAAAAACCUCAUACAGUUCUCACACAUGGCAUCUUUUUUAGGGUUUCAUUUUUCCACAUUACAAAUGCACAACAUUCUAAAGUGUCAUUAUAAUCAGAAAAGUGACUAUGUUUAAAAAACAAGUAAAUAAACAAGGCAGGCAACUACUUACUCAGCGGAUCCAGAGUCAUAUCUGCUUACUCUGUUGGCAAGUGCGUACUAUUAGCACUGCUGGGCCAAUACAGCUGUGGAAGAGCCAGCUGGAAUCUAUUCUGCCUCGUGCAUCAUCAUCAACCACCCAACUGCCGGGUGAUCUUUGAUUGCAGAAUCUUAUUAUUGGUGAUGUAAGAGACAGACAAAAAGAAGCUAGGCCUCCCCUUUUCCCCCCACAGGUAUUAAGUGGAAUGUGUAGCCCUGAUGGUGAAAAUACUAAAUGGGGGAAGACCAACUCUGACAUGGAAACUAAUGAGAGGAAUCAGUAAGGAGCACCUUGUUGCCAGUUUUAUAGAGUAAUUUUCUGACUAUAAGUGCACUUUAAUGGUGGAGGGAGGUUUUGACCCACCAAGUCCAACAACCUGCUCACUUGUCAGGUAGAUCCUGCGAUUAGCAGGUAUAUUAUAUGAAACUAUUAAAGAUCCAUCCAUAAUUAAAUGUACACUGUUGUCUUCCUCUACUGCUUUUGGCAGAUUAGUCCAGUAACCUUUUAAGGAGGAGAAGAUACCUGUCCUUUCAGUUGGAUUUCAUAUAAUACCAUCUCCCUGAACAUAAAAUGCAUUUUUAAUUUAUUUAAGCCUACCUGUGACAAAGAAUAUAUAAUUCUAUGCCCUUGUAAGCUCAGGGUGCCAGCACAUGUCCGUGUACCAAAACACAACACCAUAGGUUGGAGCACCUUGUCUUGGAAAAGAGAGAGAAGGGUCUUGUACAGUACAUGUGAACCCUUCUGUUUUCCUGUUGGCUCAGUUCUACAAAGCACUGUCUCUUAGGUUUAAAAUCCUGUACAAAAACUUGGUUGGUCUUGAAACUUAAAUUCUCCAGAGAUCCGUACUUGACUAUUCAGGUGUAUCGUCUGCCUCUAGCUACAUUUGUUUUUCUUAAAUUUUUUUGCAUGAUUAUUCAUAAUAUUUCAAAUUUAUGUGGAUAAUGAAUGCAUCUAAGUAAUGAUUACUUUCCUGAGUCGGAGAUAAGUAAAGCCUAGUCCUGCCUAAGAUUUCUGCUUUGUUUCAUGUGUGUGCCUGGUUGAUGAUGUGCAGAAAUAUCAACUUGUGUUAAAAGUGGUUCACUAAGAUGACAUAUACACAGUUCCUAAAAUGAAUUUGUUAAACGGGUAAAUGACUAUGCUGUACAUUGACAGAAUGGCACUAGAAUGAUGCAGUUAUUUUAAAGACUAACCCCUGGCAAGCUACAGUACCACCAUGCAUUGUGAGAAUGCCCUGUAUACCUCAUGUACUGUGUACUUUGUGCAUAUAUCUUACUGUUUUGAGGGGGGAGGGAGUUGCUGUUGUUUGUGUGUCUUAAUAACCGAGGUGUCGAAGAGCAGUUUAAUGUGAAUUUUUGUUGGCAAUACUAACUUGACAGAAUCAUGAGCAUUAGAGAAGGGUGAAGUACCUCUAUUGCACUAAAUCUCUCAUGAUUGCUUGACAUUUGUAUCUGUGAUACAGUUUAAACCUAAAAAAAGUAAAUCUGUAUAUAUUGGUGGAAAAGCUGCCACAAAAGCUAAAAACACUAUGUCCAACCUGUACAUAUGUAUAUAUGUGGAAACCUAGAUGAUAAAGUCUGACUUGUAGAAAAGUUUUAAUAAACCUGGUUUCAUAAA